CGCCCCGCCGCUGACGGCGGCCGACGGGGGCCAAGCUUCCGCUGAGGCGGCCGCGCCGCCGCCGUGCUGUGUAGGUUUUUCAGAGUCCUCCGUCUCGCUGUCGCCCGGCCAUGGAACUGUGGCAGGUGCCGCUGCUCUUCUCGCGACUGCCCAUGUUCCCAUUCUUCGACUUGGCGCACUAUGUGGCCUCCGUCAUGGCGGUGAAGGAGCAGCGGGGAGCCGUGGAAGUGUCAGUCCGAAGUCCAAUUGCCUGCUGGUUUAGUGCUAUGCUUCAUUGCUUUGGUGGUUCAGUUUUGUCUUCAUUGAUGCUUGCAGAACCUCCAGUAGGAUUUCUGGCAAAGGGCACAAAUAUUCUACUGGCAUCUUCAGUCUGGUAUUUUGUGUUUUACUGCCCACAAGACUUGUUCUGUCGGUGCUUUGCCUUUCUGCCUCUCCGGCUUCUGGUUGCAGGAAUGAAAGAAGUGACUAGAACGUGGAAGAUAACAGGUGGCGUUGCGCAUGCAGACAGUCACUUCAAAGAUGCCUGGCUUGUCAUGGUAGCUGUGGGCUGGGCCAGAGGAGCUGGUGGUGGCCUAAUUUCCAACUUUGAGCAGCUGGUGAGAGGAGUAUGGAAGCCUGAAACCAAUGAACUACUGAAGAUGUCCUACCCUGUGAAGGUAACUUUGAUAGGAGCAGUUCUUUUCACCCUGCAACACAGCCAGUACUUGCCAAUAGCAAGGCACAACCUCAUGUUUUUAUACACCAUCUUUCUUGUUGUGUCCAAGGUAACAAUGAUGCUGACAAGAUCUGCAGCUUCUCCAUUUGCUCCCCUUGAGGCUGCAUUAGGUCAUAUGUUCUUUGGCUUGCAAAAGGCACCAUCCAAAAUGAAGGGUGAAGGUGCUGCAUCUUCCAAUGGCUCUUCAGUCUGUGACCGAUCUUCUGAACAGCACCAUAAUGGUGUUAAGAAAAGACAGGCAAAGAAAACAGAAUAAGUGGCUUAAAAUCCUUGAUGGUCAUAACCUUUGAAGAUGUUUGUAUUUCAGAGUAAUUUGUUUAAAGAAAUGCAUGUGAGGAGAGGAUAGGGCUGUAUCCUGCUGUGUUGUUGUUUGCCUUUGGAACAUGUUUUGUAAGCUAGUGUUCAGAUGUCUAAAUGCACAUGUUGGAUUUGUAAGUUAAAACCAACAAAUUUUUAUAGUGAUGUUUACUACAUUUUGUAUUUAUGAUAACUUUAAAUGCUUACAUGCUGAAAAGAUAGUUUCAAAAUGAAACAAUCAGCUUUGUUAAUUUUUCUGAUCUAUCUUUUGUUUCACCUCUUCCCUCCAUUCUCACCCUUCACCCAUCUAUUCUUAUGUUUCAUUUGGAUAGCAUGGAUUUGCACUGCCAGGUGUUCAUGAUAGCACGUACCAAAUAAGGACAUCAUCUGAGUAAGGUUUAAUCACAUUGUGCUGUAAAACCAUGAAAAUAUACUGAACUAAUGCCUUUAGGAAAAUAACUGAAUUAACUGUUGUAAUUCACAUUGCACUGGUCUAGAUUUCUACAUUUACUUAAGUAAAUAAUUUUCAUAUUUUUCUAUUCUUUAAAAAGAAGUGAAUUACCUGGCACUUUUAAAAAUCUUUACAGGUAACUAAGUAGAAACAUUUAAGUGGUUUUGUUGUCACUUUUGUCUUACUUUGCCACUUUAUUUGCAAACAUUUGAUAUAGCUGUUUUUCAUAUUACAUAGGGGAUAUACAUGUGGUUUGUAGUUACCUUUCAGUUUGACUGGGACUAGACAUCUCCACCUGUGCUUUUAUCCAAGCAUAUGAAUAUUUUUACUUUUCAAAGCCAAACUUCCUUUUAAAAAAGAAUAUUGAACAGUACAUUUACCUUGUUUCUCAUGAGUUCAGCCCUAUUAUGCCUGAUAUUAAUAAAUACCAGUGCUAGUUUAUCGCAA